AUGCGGUUCAAGUUAUUCAAAAGUAAUAAGAAAUCUCACGCAAAACAAGACGAUCUUCCAGGAUCUUCAUCAUCUUCCAUUCAAGAGGGCCCAUCCAGGAGAGGAGACAAAGUGGUGGAUACGGCCAACGUGUUCCUCGACUUUAUGGCAAAUAUAGCAGAGGCAUCCGAUAUACUAAGCCCUCUUAAAGCUGCUUGUCGAGCGACCAAAACGGUCCUCGACACCGUUCAAGGGAUCAGGAAUAACCAAGAAGACUGGUUAGAGCUCGUACGGCGUCUUGAAGCCUAUCUGUCGGCUAUCAAUGGGCAGAUCACCUUGCUCAAACGCGAUCCUCCUGAGAUUGAUGGCUCCUUGGACGAAGGCUUUAGUCAACCACUGACCCUUUACGUCAAACUCCUUGAGGAUCUCCACAACAGGAUAAUUGGUUACGUGAAAAUGCAAAAUGAUAAACCACUAGGAGGGCUUACAGCAGUCAGCACGAUGAAGAUUGGCGCUGGAGAUAUCCAGAAAUUCAACCGAGAGCUCGAGGAUCGACAUAGGCAGUUCAUGGAUGCAUUAAAUGUCUAUACUGCCUACGGUGUUCUAGAGAUCCAGCACACUACCAAAUCCAUCAAACAAAAGGUGGAAAGUGUCCUGACAGAAGCCGACUACGCUACCAUACUACAGCUGCCAAUGGUGGCCUCGGCCGCAUCUUCCGUCCACAAUACUUGUCUCAAAGGAACCCGUCAGGCUGUCCUCGAGACGAUCUGGCGCUGGGCAGCCAACAAGGAGUCACCGAAGCCAAUCUUUUGGCUCUGCGAUAUAGCCGGCUCUGGAAAAUCGACUAUUGCAAUGUCUGCCGUAGAAGCAUGGAAGAAUGAAGGAACCCUAGGCGGCACAUUUUUCUUCUCCAUGGCGAUCAGCGAAUGGUCUAAUACAGACAAGUUCUGCUCCACUCUUGCCAGGGAACUAGCUCAAUACGUUCCCAAUCUGGCUCCAUACAUUGCCAAGGCCUGGAAGCGAAACCCUGCCGUCCUGCGAAGCUCGUUCGCGGAACAGUUCCGAAUUCUCAUCGCCGAGUCACUCCAGCAUCAACAAAAUCCAGUAAUGCUAGUCAUUGACGCUAUCGAUGAAUGCAAGUCUGGACGACAGAGAAAAGAACUCGUGGAGGCACUCUCUGCUGCCGCUCAGGAGAACAAGAAUCUUCGAAUCUUCAUCACAAGUCGACCAGACCCUAUCAUCGAAAAGGUUUUACAACCUCUUUCGAUCAAGGCCAAGUUGACAGAUCGCCUCCACGAUACUAGCCAUCGUGAUAAUGUCGAAGAUAUUGCAAUCUAUGUCCACCAAUCGCUUGGUGGAAUCCUGUCCUCUGAUAAGAGGCGGAGACUGGUCAACAAGGCCAACGGGCUGUUCAUUUGGGCGAGCACUGCAUGCCGGAUGCUUAAUGAUGAAUCGUUGGCAAUCGAUCCCGAGAUCAUAUAUGACCGACUGAUUUCUAUUGAUCAGCCCGGAGCCAUCGACGGCGUAUACGACCUUGUUAUUGCACGCAUCGACCAAGCAUCCAAACCAGCCAUUAUUGAAAUGCUGGGUAUGCUGCUUGCUGCGUUCGAGCCACUCACCAGCGACGACUUGGAAAAUAUCAUUAAACAUGCCAAAGGACAAGGGAGUGCCAAAGCACUGGUACGGAUUCUAGGUACCGUACUCAAGGAGGAUCCAAUCACACAUUUGAUUCAGUUUCGCCAUCCCACAUUUGUCGAAUACCUUCAACGAUGCUGCAUUGUUCCAGCCGUAGAUGUGAGCGGCAGGAUCUAUAUCAACAUCUCCCACGCGCAUGGUCAAGUCGCGUCAUGGUGUUUGAGUGGUCUCCGAUCGAGAACAGAAGGUCUCAAGUUCAACAUAUGCCAAAUCGAGUCGUCCUUCUAUCUGAAUAGGCAGAUCCCAGACCUGGAAGCUCGAGUAAAGAAAUACAUUUCACGGAGGCUUCGCUAUGCCAGUUUGCACUGGCCAUUCCAUGUGUCAGCAAUGGAUGAUGGCUCAGGACACGAGCUGCAGAGCGAACUGGCACAUAUAGUCAGAAGUCCUUUUGCACUCUAUUGGAUGGAGGUAUUGAGUGUGACGGGAGGAGUGAUGCGAGCAAUAUCUGGACUUCGAGCUGCGGCACAACAUCAGAGAAUCGAAGAAGAAACAAGGCGUCGGAUGAAUGACAUCAGGAGGUUUUUGAUGGCAUUUUCGGUGCCUAUCCAGGACAGCGCUCCCCAUAUAUACAUCUCAUCACUCCCAUUCAGUCCAAGCAGGUCGACGUUACAUAUUGAGGGUCUAGGAGAGCAUACGAAUGCAUUGAAAGUAACCAGGGGUCUUGACGAGACGUAUCCUGGGCUCCCCAGAAUACUCCAAGGUCAUCAAAAGAUCAACGCUGUCGCAUUCUCGCCAGAUGGCUCGCGAAUUGUCUCUGGCUCACAUGACAAGACAAUUCGACUGUGGGAUGCAGAGACUGGCCAGCCGUUGGGAGAGCCACUCCGAGGUCAUCAAGAGUCGAUCAGCGCUGUCGCAUUCUCGCCAGAUGGCUCGCGAAUCGUCUCUGGUUCAGUUGAUAAGACAAUUCGGCUGUGGGAUGCAGACACUGGCCAGCCAUUGGGAGAGCCACUCCGAGGUCAUCAAGGCUGCGUCAGCCCUGUCGCAUUCUCACCAGAUGGCUCUCAAAUUGUCUCUGGUUCACUUGACAAGACAAUUCGACUGUGGGAUGCAGACACUGGCCAGCCAUUGGGAGAGCCACUCCAAGGUCAUCAAGAGUGGGUCAGCGCUGUCGCAUUCUCACUAGAUGGCUCGCGAAUUGUCUCUGGCUCACAUGACAAGACAAUUCGACUAUGGGAUGCAGAGACUGGCCAGCCGUUAGGAGAGCCACUCCGAGGUCAUCAAGGCUGGGUCAGCAGUGUCGCAUUCUCGCCAGAUGGCUCGCGAAUUGUCUCUGGCUCAGUUGACAAGACAAUUCGAAUAUGGGAUGCAGAGACUGGCCAGCCGUUGGGAGAGCCACUCCGAGGUCACCAAGACUGGGUCAGGGCUGUCGCAUUCUCGCCAGAUGCCUCGCGAAUUGUCUCUGGCUCAGUUGACAAGACAAUUCGACUGUGGUAUGCAGAGACUGGUCAGCCGUUGGGAGAGCCACUCCGAGGUCAUCAAGACUCGGUCACCGCUGUCGCAUUCUCGUCAGAUGGCUCGCGAAUUGUCUCUGGCUCAUAUGACACAGCACUUAGACUGUGGGAUGCAGAGACUGGCCAGCCGCUGGGAGAGCCACUCCAAGGUCAUCAACACUGGGUCACCGCUGUCGCAUUCUUGCCAGAUGGCUCGCGCAUCGUCUCUGGCUCACAUGACAAGACAAUUCAACGGUGGGAUGCAGAGACUGGGGAGCCGCUGGGAGAGCCACUCCGAGGUCAUCAAGGCUCGAUCAGCACUGUCGCAUUCUCGCCAGAUGGCUCGCGAAUUGUCUCUGGAUCACUUGACAAGACAAUUCGACUGUGGGAUGCAGAGAUUGGCCAGCCAUUGGGAAAGCCACUCCAAGGUCAUCAAGACUCGGUCACCGCUGUCGCAUUCUCGCCAGAUGGCUCGCGAAUUGUCUCUGGCUCACAUGACAAGACAAUUCGACUAUGGGAUGCAGAGACUGGCCAGCCGUUGGGAGAGCCACUCCGAGGUCAUCAAGACUCGGUCAGUGCUGUCGCAUUCUUGCCAGAUGGCUCGCGAAUUGUCUCUGGCUCACAUGACAAGACAAUUCGACUAUGGGAUGCAGAGACUGGCCAGCCGUUGGGAGGGCCACUCCGAGGUCAUCAAGACUCGAUCAGCACU